GAUCACAUUAGCAAACCUAGGAGUGAGUUGGUGCCACAUGUCCUUAGCCACUCCGCGUUCUCUAUGUCAGCGUUCUUCUGGAGAAGGAUAUAUCAGCUUUCCAGAGACUGCAACUCCAUCUCCCAUCUCAAACAACUCCUCACGCAAAUCAUCCAAUCCCACGCCUCCAACCACGCUUCCUCUCUCGCCGCGCUCAUCUCCUUCUCGGCCACCUCUCCCCACGGCGACUUGCGUCUCGCCUCUUUGCUGUUCGCCCAUUUACCCAAUCCCAACUCUUUCGCCUACAACUCUAUGAUACAAGGCCUCGUCAAUGGCCGCCUACCAGACCACGCGUUCCUCCUUUAUAUACGAAUGAAUCGAGAGAGUUUGGCCUCGGACAACUUCACCUUCCCUUUUCUCCUCAAAGCUUGCUCGCUUCUGUCGGCGGUGAGCACCGGCAAAGCCAUCCAUGCAAGAAUUCUGCGGCUCGGGUUUUCCAUCGACCCCUACAUCCAGAGUGGAUUGGUCAGGAUGUACUCGGAGUUUGACGAGGUCGAGACCGCUCGUCACUUGUUCGAUGGAAUUCCAGACAGAGAUGUGGUUCUAUGGAAUUCAAUGAUCGGGGGUUACGUCAAGUGUGGGAAUUUAGAAUCGGCUCGCGUGUUGUUUGAGGAGAUGCCUGCUAAAAAUGUUGGCACAUAUAAUGCACUGAUCGGGGGGUAUGUGAAGUUUGGAUGCAUGGAUGAUGCUUCUAUAUUGUUCGAGGAUAUGCCUGAGAGAGAUAUUGUGUCAUGGAACACGAUGGUCGGUGCUCAUGCGAGAUCCGGCUCUGUGGCAGUUGCAAGGGGGCUGUUUAGUCGUGCACCAAAGAAGAAUGUUGCUACAUGGAGUGCAAUCAUUUCAGGUUUUGCGCAGAGUAGUCGAUUUGUCGAUGCUCUCGACAUGUUCAAAUACAUGUUAGUCGAGGGACCAAGACCUGAGCAAUCUAUUUUGGUGAGUGUUUUGUCAUGCUGUGCACACCUUGGGGCUCUAGAGCAAGGGAUAUGGAUUCAUGGCUAUAUAGAUAGGCAAGGAAUUGAGGUGGAUGACUUGCUUGGUUCAUCUCUUAUAGACAUGUACUCUAAGUGUGGGAUGCUACAGGGGGCAAUAUCGGUGUUUGAUAAAUUAGAGAAAAGAGAAGCCUGCUCAUGGACUUCAAUGAUUCAUGGGUUAGCCAUACAUGGGCAUGCCCAUGAAGCAUUAGAAGCAUUUGAAGAAAUGGAGAGGUUUAAAAUUAAACCCAAUGCUAUUACGUUCAUAGCCAUCCUAAGCGCUUGUUCUCAUGCAGGAAUGGUAGUCAAAGGACGAGAACUUUUUUAUCAAAUGCAUCAAGUUUAUGGACUUAUCCCUAUGAUAGAGCAUUAUACUUGCAUGGUCGAUCUUCUAAGCAGAGGAAACUAUAUAAAAGAAGCUCGGGAGCUCAUCAAGUCAAUGCCAAUGAAACCGGAUGUGUUCGUGUGGGGUGCGUUGCUUGGAGGGCUAAGGAUACAUGGCCAACAGGGUCUGAUCUACGAACAAGAGUUGGGUAGAGAGAUUGUGAAGUUGGAGCCGAGGGACAGUGGGGCAUACAUGCUAGUGUCAAACAUAUAUGCAUCAAUUGAUCAGUGGGAUGAUGCGGUAAGGAUGAGGGGGAUGAUGGAGAGGUUUGGAAUUAAGAAGAACCCAGGGUGUAGCUUGAUUGAGGUCGAAGGUGAGGUUCAUGAGUUCUUAGCUAGUGGAAGAUUGAGUACCAAGUCUGAACAAGCAUAUGAGAUGUUGGAUCGGAUAUAUAAAGUAAUGGAGAUGGAUAAUCUGCGAUGAACUUGUCUGAGUUUGGUUGUGGGUCACCAAAACUAACACUGUAGGUUCAGGUGCCUGCUGAUCAUGGCCUAAACUUGUCCCCAUAACUAUUUUGUUUUACCAAAUACUGAGGGAUUCCUUAUGUCCAAACCUGCACCUGUUAAACCUUGGAUACUCAGACAGACAUGAAUGGAUUUGCUAUUUUAGCUAGGCUCCACAGAAUCCCAUGAGGGCCUGGUUGGAGAUUCAGUUUGUAGGGCCAAGAAAAAGAUCAGGUUGGAUAAAGAAUUUUUGCAUGCUUUUCCUGUUUUAGAGUAUCAGAAUCAUGUUUGCUCAACAAGAUGAAGAAAAAAGGUAUAAGAAUCAUAACAAAGUAGAUUCCUAAUGUUGGCACAGGGUUAAAGUCUUCAACUGUUCCCCGAAAAAUAACAUAGAAUAAAGGUAUUUUUCUUCUUUAUUUUUUGGGGGGUUACAAAAGGGAAGCUGAAAAGCUGGAAACGAUACAAAGCAAAGCAAUUACGGGUAUGAUGGUGUACAUCUCUGCUAUGGAAUAUGUAAUAACAUUGAAAGGUGUUCAGGAGAAUUGCCUUGGUAUGAAUAUGAUAGUGUACAUCUCUGCUAUGGAUAUAAUAAGAUAUGCUACCAAAG